AUGGGAGAUGGAACGCAAGUGAACACAUUUGAAGAACUUGUGUGUUCCUCAUCUUUGGCUGGCGAAUUUGAACAAUACUCAUUGCGUCUGUCAACAAUCAUCAUUUUCUUUUCCCUGACAGCAUUUCUUGGGAAUUCUCUGAUCUUCGUUGCACUUCACAAGGUGUCUUCCCUCCAUCCGCCGUCCAAACUCUUGUACCGUUGUCUGGCAACAAGUGACCUGUUAGUUGGUCUUGUAAGCCAGCCUCUCACUGCUACUCUUUGGUUGUCGGUUGUUUUCGAAGAGUGGAGACUUUGUCGAUUCGCAUGGGUAGCAGCCUCCAUUUCAGGGUAUGGAUUAUCUCUUAUGUCUUUGUUGACAAUGGCAGCCAUGAGCGUGGACAGACUUCUCGCCCUGUUCUUGGGGCUGAGAUACAAACAAAUUGUAACUUUGAAGCGCACAUAUAUCAUUGUCGCUACUCUUUGUAUUGUAACCUUUGUCGCUACUCUAUGCAACGUGUUAGAUUCUCGUAUAGCGCCUUGGUUUGGUCGAAUUGUCAUCUCCUGUUGCCUAUUAAUCUCGAUUGCUUCAUAUGCUAAGAUUUUCUGUGCUCUUCGCCGUCAUCACGCUCAGAUACAAAAUCAUGUUCAACAACAGCCGAGCCAACCAAAUGCAUUGAACAUGGCGCGAUACAGAAAGGCAGUGUACAGUGCACUGUGGGUGCAGUUAAUGUUACUUGCUUGUUAUGUGCCAGUAAUUUUAGUGGGAAUUGUGAUGGCUCAUAUAAAAGGAAAUUCAUCACAUUUAGUCGUUGCUCUUGGAAUAGCGAGUACCCUGGUUUAUUUUAACUCGACUUUAAAUCCGUUUCUUUACUGCUGGAAGAUUAGUGAAGUAAGGAGAGCAGUUAAGAAGACAAUCAGACAAGCGCUUUGCUGUCCACGAGGUUAGAUCUUCCAUUAUACUCUUUUUUAGUUGUUUCAAGCGAGUAAGUAACGUGACGAUGCUAUUAGAUAACGCCACCUGCCGGAUAUGUCAUUGAAUAGGAAGAAGUAAGAAGCUUAAUGAAGUUGCUGUACAAAGCUUUUUAGAUAUUCUCACCAUAGAUCAACAUGGCUCAUUUUGCGCAUGAUAAAGCAAAAUCAUGGAAUCUACACGUUAACGAUAUCGUACGAAUUUGAGAAUGGUAUUCAUCUUAAUUGAGGGAGGCGUUUGACUACAGUCGGCUUGAUACGAAAAAAAUUCCUUAUCUUAUUAACAACCAAUGACUUCAAUCGCGGCUUCUGUGGAUAAACUUUAUUUCCAAGUGUACGCACAGCUAAAGGACAGAGAGUCGUAUCCCUGACGGCAAUACUUGGGACAAGUAAGUUUCGUGCGACGGCAGUUAUUUUGAAUACAACAACCUAUGAUUUGAUCGACAUAAAAAAUGCCGUCCACGCAAAGUAGGGCAAAAAACGGGACCCUAGUUUGAUUUUAUUUACUCGUUUUACUAUCUUAGUGAUAAGAAAGUACAUGUAUAGGAUAAAAUUGAUUCCGAAAGGGUAGUGAAGGAGUGACUUUUAAGUUCUUCUCUUACGGGUGGGAAAUAAUUUCAAAUUUUUAACCUCACUGCAUGAAAUAAAGCGCAUGACUUUGACACGAUAUUGCCGUACGAACCGUUCAAAGUAAGUCUUGUUAAAGACAAGAAAUCGUAAUUUUGAGCGAAAAAGUCCAAAAUAAAUGGUGUUUCAUCAAAAAUUUAAGGCCGGUUAUUUACACAAGGUCUAACCCAAACCGUGGUUCUACGCGAGCAGUGAAAAGCAGGUGUUCUUUAUAAGAGGGUAGAUUAAUCAUAAUAAAUGUCCUUCCUUUAUUAGAUCUCGACCUUCUAGAUACUAUUCCCAAAAAUAUAUACCAAGAUAAAAGGUUCAGCUAAAUUGAAGAUGGCUUAGAACGCAGUUUUGUCAAACAACGACUGAACUUUGUUUAAAGAACUAGGUCUAAGUGUCAAUAGAUGAAAUCCCAGUGAAAUAUAUUAACUUUCGAGAUUCUGUGGUCUCCUGUAGUCUUUCCUGAAGCUAGUAAAAAUUUCCAUUUUUCUGUUUGAUGGCAAAAUAUUUCGUAGAAGUGGAGAAGACUUAUAUUUAUAGCAUUUAUUCCAAGAUAAAGUCGAAAUGGUGCCGAUGGACUCACUAACUUCUAAGAAGCUCAUCGAUAACAUUGUUUGAACAAUGAAAACCCGGAAAGGAUUAAAGGCUAAGCUUUUUUGUGCAAAUAAAGAGAUCAUCUAGAUUACAGGCGAUGAGAAAGAAUUGUUAUUAUUUUGAGGGUGUUUAUCAUUACCCAACAUUAGAUUAUCAUAACCAUUUCACAAAGAAAGCUGUAGAAAUAGCAAAGGAGAAUUAUACAGGCAUCUCCUGAUGGCGAUCGAACUGAGAAACAUAUCGCCAAGGUAGAACUAAAUAUUGACUCGAGAUUUCGUUUUUAUGAAAAAUCUUGACGUGUGAAAUAUGAAUCAAGGAUUUCUAACCAAAUAACAAUUUGCGGUGCAUGGCAUUGUUGAAAACGUUUUACUUUACUAAAACCAAACCUUAUUAUCGCUGUUUCUCGUAAAGUUCUCUUUUAAGGAUCAAUCGUUUGUGAAAGACAAACUUUGCAAAAUUAUCAGAAGAUCCAUGUAAAUCAUGUAAAUGGUUCACAAUUUUUUUUUUUGGACAUAAAUGACAAUAUUCCCGAGCGUUUCAAACGUGUAAACGCGAUUGAAAAAGUUUUCAUAUAAUUAUUCAUAUGAUUAUUCAGUUUCAGUGAUCAACGCAGUUUAAGUGAUUUCUAGGCUGGGCAGGUGCUCUCAAGACGGAACAUUUCAUGUUGCAAUCACACGUAACCUGAAGGAAAGACCAAAACGACUACAGAAUGAUGGCGGAAACAAAUCUAGCCAAAGAUGAAGCACAGACAAACGCGUUAAAGAUCUUCGGUGCUCUCCUUCUUUGGCAGGUGGAUAACAACCACAGUCAAUCUAUUUCUCAGCUGCAGUUUAGAUUAUCCUCUCCAUCACAACAUUUCUUGGGAAUUCUCUUAUCCUUGUUGCCCUUCACAAGGAAUCUUCUCUUCACCCGCCGUCCAAACUCUUGUGUCAUUGUCUGGCAACAACUGACCUAUUGGUUGGUAUUUUUAGCCAGCCUAUUACGGCCACUUAUUUUAUGUCCUUGGCUAACGAAAACUGGAGUCUUUGUCGAUACGCAAGCGACGCCACCUUCACAACAAGCUAUACAUUUUGCGGAGUGUCUUUAUUGACGAUGACGGCCAUAAGCGUGGACAGGCUUCUAGCCCUAUUGUUGGGACUGAGAUACAGACAAACUGUAACUUUGGAACGCAUAUAUAUCAUGGUAGCUGCCUUUUGGGUUUUAUCAAGUUUAACUGGUUUGUGCUGUAUUUUAAAUUACCGUAUAGCCUUAUGGCUUGGCCGUAUAAGCAUAUCACUAUUUCUGCUAAUCUCAAUCACCUCGUACACAAAGAUUUUUCGUACUCUCAGUCAUCAUCAGGCUGAAGUACAACAUCAUGUCCAACAACAGCUGAGCCAACCAAAUGCAUUGAACAUGGUGAAAUACAGAAAAGCAGUGUACAGUGCACUGUGGGUGCAGUUUGCAUUAGUUGUUUGA